CUGAUUUGGAAUUGUGCGUUCUGCUGGACGGAGGAAGAAACGCUUCGCAUCAACGUCAAGUCCGGCCAGGUGCUGGGGUUCUCGGAGCACGUGCACUUCGACGCCGUGCUGAAGCACUGGAACUACUCGUCGCAGGGCUUCGGUUCCGGCGGCAAGAACGCUUGCUCGAAGCAGGCCCUGCUACAGAUCGACCUGACCAGUCCGUAUUCGACAGUCAAGUUCGUACUGAGCUACCGUAAACCGAAGCUGUGGACGUUUCACCUGGCCCAGUCAAUCGACGCCCUCGGCUUCGGCAGUGUGAAGAAGGCGACGACGUCGCCGAGACGAGGAGCCGAGUUGCAGAUCCACAACCGCCAGCUGAGGAUUUACCCGGACGAGAACGCGAAGCGAGGCGAACGCCCGGUGAAGGUGAUCGACAACGCGUUUCCUCGCCGACGCAAGACCACCAUCUCUCUGGAGCUACAGCACCGCGUCGUGCGCUACACCAUGUACAACAGCAAGCAGAUCCUCGACUCUUGGGACAUCCAGUCGGACACGCUGUUCGACUUCAAAUCCGAAAGCCGCGUACUGUACGUCGGUAUCAACAGGGUGAUCGGAGCGCCGCAUCGCACCGGCGCCGGUCUCUGCUUCGUCUCCUUGAUGCUCAGGAAGACUCGAGGUGACUCACAGCCGUUGGCCGUCUGUCGGUUGUUGUCAUAUGAGAACGAAUGCGCUGUCCGAAACGGCAACUGCGUUCAAAUCUGCGUCAACACCGUAGGAAGUUAUCGUUGCGCUUGUUACCCUGGUUUUCAAUUGGCCCCGAAUAAGCAAGACUGCUCAGCCGUUCCUCAGAACUCAGUUCAUUUUCCUCUGCUGAACAUGAACGAAUGCGAGGAAAAUAAUGGCAUGUGUCAUCACCUGUGCAUCAACACAAUAGGCAGUUAUUACUGUGCAUGCAGAAGCGGCUACACUCUCGCCGCUGACGGUUAUACUUGCCUGACAGGUAAGGUGGGUAACGGCGGCUGUCAACAUAACUGCGUGGAUACCGAACAGGGAACAACGUGUGCCUGUCACGCAGACUACAUUCUUAGUCGUGACGGUCGUUCGUGUCUAGUGACUUGUGCGGUAGAAAACGGCGGCUGUGAACGGAUCUGUGAAGACCGGCCGAACGGAGUCAAAUGUUUGUGUCCCAACGGCUUUAAACUCAACAGCGACAACACCUCCUGUGCAGGUUAUAUCAAUGAGUGCCAGAUUAACAACGGAGGUUGUGAGUACCAGUGCGUGAACCUGCUCGGCACAUUCGAAUGCGUCUGUCCGGCGGGGUACAUGCUGAAAUUGGACGAACGUUCGUGUCAAGAUAUCGACGAGUGCGCCGACAGAAGCAUGUGCGACCACGUCUGCAUCAACACACCCGGAAGUUACCAAUGCCAGUGCAGAGAGGGCUACUAUCUGCACGGAUUGUACCAUUGUGCAGACAUAAACGAAUGUUCCAUAAACAACGGUGGUUGCCAACAUCUGUGUACCAACACGGAAGGCGGCUACUAUUGCUCCUGUCCCCCUGGUCACGUGCUACACGAGAACGGAAGGGACUGCACGAGCGUGAACAAAUGCUUUGCCGAAACGGACAGUGGUCACUCGGAAAUUCAAGCGGUCAGCGUCAGACGUUACGCGACGGUAACCGAGAUUGACUGCGAUGGAACCGGCAUCGUUUCGUCCAGAAGCGGUCAGAAAUUCAAGUUCUUCUGCAGCGAACCAGAGCCCUCGAGGCAAUGUAACACAGGGGACUCAACGACGCGCCAGUUCGAGAUUUCCAUAAUGGUUCCGAAAUGUGAGGUUUCCACCUCGCUGUCGGCAAAGCUCAACCGAACUGCGGCGGCCAUGCUUCGCAUGCCAGACACGAACGCGACGUGUGACGACUACAUGACGUUUUGUCACUUUGAGGUACAAUGCGAGUCCGAAUCCUCGCCUUCGCCGAGUGACGAGGGCUCAUUUCCGGCGAUCCUGACGCUCCGCGGCAAGUUGCUCUCCGCGACUCUUAGACACCGAACGAUCGAGUAUACGCUGAAAAUGAGCGGCGACGACGCCAGGUCUAGCAAAAGCUGCAUGGUGCUUGGCAAUGGAAACGAGUCUUGCGAGCGGUACAACCGGGCGACGGCAGGCAGGGGGCGCCGAUGGCCUCCUUCGAUGCACUGCCACCCGGGCAUGUACCUGAACAAAACGUUGGGCUUCUGCAUGCCGUGUCCACAUGGCACGUACCAGCCGGUGAAGAAUGCGCUCAACUGUCUGCGAUGUCCGGGCCAGGUAGAAACAACGAAGCCAUUUUCAGCGGCCAAGAGCAUACAGGAAUGUAACGCCAUGUGCAAGCCUGGAUACAUUUCGCCCAGUGGAAUAACGCCUUGCACGCCCUGUCCGUUCGGAACGUUUCAGGCAGAGCCGGGUCGAACCAACUGCGUGUCCUGUGGCAGAAACUACACGACGGCCGUGUCGGCGUCCACGACUUUCGCUGACUGUCUGACCGAAGGUAACGCAAAUUCGCAAAUUCGUACAGAUGGGUCAAAUCAGCUCAGUUACUGUAAAAGGUACGUAAAAGCAAUAAACGGUUCCAUUUACGGCCAUAUGGUUUACACCGUUAGCCCACGCCAGGACCUGUCGAGAUUUCAGACUUAUGGACCAAAAUUGACUUUGAGACUUCUCUGCACUUUAAGAAAUGAUAUGCGACAGGUGUAAAC